UUAUUUAUAUUUAUAAAUCUUUGUGUCUUAAGAUUUUAAGAACUUUUACAUGCUGAUUUUAUACUAUUUAUUGAAACAUCUGAUUGACUACAAAUGUUGAGCUCAAGUUUUCAUCUUGGUGUACAAUUUUUUUGCUGCAUUUUUACGGAAAUCUUUUGUUUUUAAUUCAUUGUCUAGUUAAUCAUUUUCUUAACAAAAGUUCCCACCAUCAACCUUAAUCUUUGAAGAUUUGAAUCUCCAAUGGAAAUUGUUUGACCAAUUAUACCAUUUAGUCAAUUUGAUCAAUUCUUAUUUUUAUUGUUAUCUCAUAAUGUAAAUCUCAUCCUGAGCAUUCUUGUGCAACCGUUUAUUCAUUUCACUGUAACAAAUUGUGUUCUACUUGUUCUAAUUUAUUUCUUCAACAUCUUUAAAAAUUCAUUUAUCACAAUUUAUUUCAUUUAGAUUAAUAAACUGUGAUUUUAUUAAGUUAAUUUGUUUUUAAUGUGGACAAUCAACAAUAUUGAACGUGCUGGGAACCUGUUCUGCUCGGUGACUGAACAAAAUUUGGAUCUAACGAAGAGCUAAAAAGUGAUCAAAGUAGCUCAAAUAGUAAUGGAAAAUUUGGACUCUCUAACAGCCAACUUUCUCAGUGAUCUCUGUACCAAAUAUAACGCCAAGGAAAUGUCACGACAAGACCAUGUGAAUUCCCUUUCAUGGCGACGAUUACAUCUCAGUCGAGCUAAAUUAAAGGCUUCUCAAAGGACAUCGGCAUUAUUAUCUGGAUUUGCUAUGAUAGCUAUGGUGGAAGUGCAAUUGAAUCCUGAUUCAAAGAAUCCAAUUCCUUUUGGACUACUUAUAUCAUUUGCUAUUUGUACUGUCUUACUUGUUUCUAUGCAUAUGCUUGCGUUAAUGAUAUCGACUUGCAUUUUACCUCACCUAGAAGUGGUCUGUACGAUAAAUGGAAUCGGCAAAGUUAGUGAAUCUCCACAUGAAAAGCUCAAUCAUUAUAUUGAAAUUGCGUGGACAUGUUCAACAGUUCUUGGGAUCUUUUUGUUUCUUAUUGAAAUAGCUAUCUUGUGUUGGGUUAAGUUCUGGGACUUCGGUGUAAACCAGGGAAACACUGGACACAAAGCAGCUCUUGCCGCGACUCUUCUUUUGAUACCAAUUUUUAUUAUCUUUAUUGGAUUCGCUGUGCAUUUCUAUCGCCGAUUGAUAAGUCAUAAAUUUGAAACAUCAGCUAAAAACCUGCAAGAGAUUGAAUCUAUGGCUUCUCAAUUAAAAAAUGAUCCUGUAUUACCAAUGGACAGUUAUAAUGAACAAGCCAAUUUUCAGGUCUGAUCUCUAAGAAAUCUCAUUGUCAACUUACUCAUAAUUUGGUUACAAUAAACCAAUUCAAGGAUUGAGUUGAAGUAAUAAAAUUGAUUGAAUUUUAAUUGAUUAAAAAUGAAAGGAUGUAAGAAAAUAAAA